AUGCAUGACUUGGUGUUGUCGAAAAAAGGCCCACUUUUCCUUUGGAUUGUCAUGGGCAUUCUUACCGCACUUUUCCUAGUGUAUUCGCUCGUUGCUCGGGAAUUUUAUCUUGGAGAUGGUGUAUUACUGUUCGCUGCUGCUAAAUCCCCCCCUCUUGUAUCGGCCACGACAUUUCACGUCACAAGUGGAAGUAACGAGAACUAUUUCUAUCGGGAUAACAUCACGACCGCCCAAUUACUGCUGACGAGCACCACCGCCAGUAACAACGUUACCCGACGUCUUGUUGCGGCUCUUCCAGCAGGGAAUAAUGGAGCGUUGGUCUAUUUCCUACCCCAAAAAGAACCCUCUUCGGUUCCUCUCAACCUGGAACUGGUGAAUGGCUCGAUGAAAAGUGUUUCCCUGGCGGACGGAAACCGCGGAAUUCAGGCUGAUAUGACGCUUACCGCCAAUGCGACUUUAGGCGUUACAAUUGUUGGUGCUGUACGAGCUUUAAGAGAUUACGUCGAAGGCUCUGGGACUAUGCACGAAAUAUUUAACUAUACCUUGGCAUCUCAUUCCCCGACAGAGGUCAGGCUCCACAGGCAGUACAUAAACAGCACAUCUGUAUCUCCAGAAACACAUGACGUCCUGAGCUCCACUGACAAUACCAUUCUCAAAGCUAAGCCGUCGGCCCAGACGUUCAAAUCCGUCGAUCUCUACCUCUCAGUACCACCCGGAAGCUCUGCGAGAUUCUCUGUCGACGCGCGAAAUGAAUCCUCUCCUGUUAUUAACAUUGUUAUACCUACUGUCCAACGUCAACCGGUGGCUGGAAUGAGACCUCCGACGGUUGACGCGAAAUACAACGUCCGCAUACAGGUGGUGACGAACGAGACAAGCCUUGCGGGACUGGAUGUAGGCGACUUGUUCUUGAGCCCUGUUGAUGCUGCGACGGAUAGUGUUAAAACUGCAUUGCAAAACUUACCUGCAGAUGUUUCCGAGCAAGUUUCGUUCUUGACUUUCCAGAACAAGUUCACGGCGGGAGGAUGGAGAUUUUUAACUUACUUUGGACGGGAUUCACUUAUCGCAUUGCGGAUGCUAAUGCCGCUGCUCACACCAAGCGCCAUUGAAGAUGCCCUUGGUGCUGUUAUUGAAAGAGCCAAUAGCACUGGUGCUUUGUGCCACGAGGAAACAAUUGACCUGUUGCUCCUACCUGCACUGCAACACUACUUUGUAGAGUUGCCUCAGGGACAGAAUCGAUCUGCUCAAUUUUUAUCGAAGCAGGCAACGUUACAGAACGGAACGUACCUGGAUAUCAUUAACAGGAUCGCGUCCUAUAAUGUCAACCGCGCUUUGCCAUUCUUUACUGCAAAUCCAGCGACAUCUUCUCAAUUGCUUGCGUUCCGGCCAGGGGAGACUGUUGGAAACUGGCGGGACAGCAAUGGCGGAACCGGAUUCGGCACCAUACCAUUCGACGUUAAUGUCGCGCUUGUUCCAGCCAACCUACGUGCAAUAGAUAGCCUCGCCCGCUCGGGGAUUCUCAGCCUUCAAGAUCUCGAUGUGGAUGGCGGUGCGACGAAUAUUGUGCAGAUGGCGGAAAAGUGGGAAAGCGAGGCGCCAGGCAUGUUUGAGGUCGUGGUGGAUGCUGAUACGGCGGAGCAGAGGCUUAAGAACUUUGUGCAAGCUGUUGACCUAGAUGACAGUUUGUUGGGUAAUGGGACGGCGACGACGGGAAAUGUUAGCUUCUACGCGCUAUCGUUGAUGCCUGAUGGAACUCCAGUUGAGGUCCUCAAUUCGGAUUUGGGAUUCAAUUUGAUGUACGGCACGAACGUGAGCGCGGUAUUUUUGCAGCGUGUGGUUGACGCUUUGACGCCUUACCCCCGAGGUCUUUUGACAAACAUUGGAAUGGUGGUGGCCAACCCAGCAUAUGAUUCCAACACUGCCGAUAUACAGCUUUUAGACCGAACAGCGUAUCAUGGAACAGUUGUUUGGUCGUUCCAGCAAGCGUUAAUGGCCGGAGGACUAGCAAGACAGCUGAAAUUCUGCCUAACGAAUACAACGAGUGUGGAUAUUAAUCCACUGCCUUCUCCACCCCCGGCCUGGUGCGGCGAUGCAGAACUCGUGCAGAGCUUGCAGGAUGCACAGACACGCUUAUGGGCCUCUAUCAACGGUGCUUCUGAUAACAUCUAUUCCGAGGUGUGGUCGUAUGCGUUUGAUCAGAGCACAAAGACGUUUUCUGUGGCGGAUAUAGCGGCACUGUCGAGCGGGGUAGAGUCUGAUGCGAUCCAACUUUGGUCGUAUGGGUUUUUGGGGUUGAUUGAACCCGAGUAA